AUGAUCAAGUUGGAUCUGAGGAAAGCUUAUGACACAAUUGAGUGGGAUUUUAUUGAAGAGAUGUUUACUGCCUUUAAUUUUCCUUCGAAAUUUAUCCAGCUCAUUGUGAUUUGUGUUCGAACACUGCGGUACUCAUUGAUGAUCAAUGGCUCAAUGCAUGGUUUCUUUGCAUCUAAGAGAGGAUUGCGACAAGGGGAUCCAAUGUCUCUGUUGCUUUUUGUACUGGGUAUGGAAUACUUGUCCAGAAUUAUGCUUAAAGUUGGCUCAUCCUCCGGUUAUAAAUUUCAUGAUAGAUGUUCUGUCUUAAAGCUGAAUCAUUUAUGCUUUGCGGAUGACCUAUUAUUAUUCUGUCAUGGAGAUUUCAUUUUUAUUCUUUGGAUGCUUAGGGGGCUCAAAUUGUUUUCUAGGACUUCUAGACUUUUUCCAAAUGAGUCUAAAUCUGCUAUAUAUUAUAGUGGCAUGUCUGAGAUUGAGGUUGAUAGGGUGCUGGCUGUUUCAGGCUUUACUCGCAGUACUCUUCCAUUUCGGUACCUUGGUAUUCCUAUAUGUUCAAAGCAUAUCUCUUCUACUGAAUGUGGGGUUAUUCUUGAGAAAAUGAUCUUCAAGAUUAAACAGUGGAGCUCUAGGAAAUUAUCAUACAUGGGCAGAAACACAUUGAUUAAUUUUGUGAUGUUAUCAAUACAUUCUUACUGGGCUCAAAUAAUGAUAUUUCCGAAGAAGUUAUUGAGGGAUAUAGAAGCCAUUUGUAGAGCCUUUCUUUGGAAAGGAAUGGCUGAUUCUCAAGGUCCAAGCUUAGUUGCUUGGAACAAUAUCUGCCUUCCAAAAGCAGCUAGAGGUUUGGGCUUUAGGAAGAUUUCAGAAUGGAACAUUGCUUCACUUGGUAAAUAUGUAUGGGCCAUUGCUUCCAAAAACGACAACAUGUGGGUUAAAUGGAUUCAUAGUAUUUACUUGAAAAAGGAGGACUGGUGGGAGUAUAAAGUGCAACCGGACUACAGCUGGUAUUGGAAGAAACUUGUUACUAUUAAAGAUCUCUUUAAAGCCAAAUUGGAUAAGACAUCUAUUAUAGCAAUGAAAUAUAGUAUUCAGUCAGGUCAUGAUAUACUCUAUGAUCACCCUAUUAGUGUACAGUGGAGGAAUUUCGUUUGA